AUGCGCAUGUUCAGCGUGACCAUCAACGGUAUGCUUCUGACGUCCCGAUACACGCCGCAGUACCUUUUCUCCUAUGCCUUUUACGGCAUAGAACACAGUUACUCCAGCCGAUACGACUUCACCAUACAAGCAACGACGACAAGCUUGACACUGCCGCCUACCAUCAAUGCCGCUGAGUUUUUCUCGGUCAUCUCCACAGCCAAGUUGGGCACAGAUGCUCAGGACGUAUCUGCCAUCAAUGCGAUCAAGACAAAGUAUCAGGUGAAGAAGAACUGGGUGAGUGAUCCUUGUGCUCCAAAGACUUUUGCUUGGGAUGGUUUGAACUGCAGUUAUCCCACUUCUAGUUCUCCUCGAAUCACAAGCAUAAAUAUGUCAUUUGGUGGUUUGAGCGGUGAUAUAUCAUCUUAUUUUGCCAAUUUCAAAGCAAUGCAACAUUUGGACUUGUCAUACAAUAAAUUGACAGGGUCAAUUCCUUAUGCCCUUGCACAACUACCAUCUCUGGUGGAGCUAGAUUUGACAGGAAACCAACUUAGUGGAUCAAUUCCCUUCGAGCUUCUUAAGAGGAAAGCAGAUGGCUCUCUUACUCUCAGAUACAACAAUAAUCCAAAACUCUGCGACCAAGAAAACUCUUGCCAAUCCACCGAAAAGAAGAAUUCUACAGUUACCAUCUAUAUUGCAGCUCUAGUAGUUGCUGGAGUGGUGAUAGGAUUACUAUUACUACUACUUCUUCUUGGGGUGAUAAAAAAUAAAGCAUUAGUGAAACGUCAUGGAAAGCCAGAGAAUGAGGCAGAUGAUUUGCAGUCCCACUCCAAGAAUAGCGAUGGAUGUGGCUUGCUACAAUUGGAUAAUCGAUGGUUCACAUACUUGGAAUUAGGGAUUAUAACGAACAACUUCCAGCGAGUGAUUGGUCGAGGAGGGUUUGGUGUUGUCUAUGAUGGCUUCUUAGAGGACGGUACUAGGGUGGCUGUCAAGCUACGGUCUCAAUCUUCCAAUCAAGGUGUCGAAGAGUUUUUGACAGAGGCUCGGAACUUAACAAAGAUCCAUCACAAAAAUCUUGUCUCCUUGAUCGGCUAUUGCAAGGAUGGAGAUUAUCUAGCCCUUGUCUAUGAGCAUAUGCCAGAAGGAAACCUCCAAGAUAAACUUAGAGGGGGAGAUGGCAACAUUGGAUGCUUAACUUGGAAGCAGAGGCUUUGUAUUGCACUGGAAUCCGCACAAGGCCUCGAGUAUCUGCAUAAUGCAUGCAGCCCGCCCUUCCUACACCGAGAUGUAAAGACAUCGAAUAUUUUACUGAAUGGAAAUCUCAAGGCCAAGGUUGCUGACUUUGGCUUGUUGAAAGCUUUCAACAACGAUGAUGAUACCCAUGUAUCCACGGCCAGGGUGGUCGGCACAUAUGGUUACCUUGCUCCUGAGUAUGCAUCCGCCAUGCAGCUAACCAAAAAGAGUGACGUGUAUAGCUUUGGCGUGGUGCUACUUGAGGUGAUCACAGGAAGGCCGCCCAUACUACAAACCCCAGAGCCAACUAAUAUCAUCGAGUGGGCAGGUCAACGCCUUGGGCAGGGAAACAUCGAAGAUGUGGUGGAUAUGCACAUGCAUGGUGACUACGAUGUUAACAGCGUGUGGAAGACCGCGGACGUCGCGCUAAGAUGCACUGCUCAAGUUCCCACGCAGCGUCCUACGAUGACUGCAGUGGUGGCACACCUGGAAGAGUGUCUUGAUCUUGAAGGGAGUCGUUUCGCCGGUGACAUAAACGGCAACUUAAACAGCAGCAGUAGUGGUGGCGAAUCCAACACAAGUUAUAAUUAUUAUGGUGCCGACCAUUACACUGAUAUAAGCCCGAGCAACAACACUUUGGACAUGGGGCACAACUUUGGCAGCGGGGUGGCCACCAGCCCUGCUACACGUUGACGAUUUCGUUGUCCAUCUGAUUCAGACAAGGACCACCAUUUUUUUUUCUUCCUAAAGAAAGAAUAUAUUGCCUUCCGGCUCUGCAUCGGAAGGACUACCAUUCUUAAGUUUCCAAAUUGAUGUUCUAGAUGAAAUGCUAUACAUUUCAAACUCAAAUUGAUAGUUGUCAUUUUACAAGUCAAUGCAUUAUUUUGCAUC